AUGAUCAAGAAGACUCUGGCGGCGAAGUACCAGGUACAUGAUGCUGCACUUGCUGUCCAACGAGAGAUCUGGAGUCACAAGAAGAAUGCCCGGGAGAUAUAUUAUGAGGGAGGUGAUGCCGAGGCCGCGCCAGCCCAAACAGGCAAGGAGGCUACCCCUGCACCGCCCACCCCUGCAGCCACACCCAAAGCAGCGGAGCCUGUGGCUGUCCCCCAGCCAACCCCUGCACGGCAGACAGCCUCCAGCAUCGAUGACAAACCGAUAGCAGCCCUUGACAUCAUCGUUGCUCUCAUCGCACACAAACUGAAGAAGUCGUUACAAGACAUUGACUUGAGCCAAACCAUCAAGAAGUUGGUUGGAGGCCGAUCUACCUUGGAGAAUGAGAUUGUUGGAGACCUGGGCGCCGAGUUCGGCGCCAUCCCCGAUGCCCCCGAAGACACCGCCCUAUCCGAGCUGUCCCAGUCCAUCGAAGCCCAAGGCUCAUGGAAGAAGGGCCUGGGCAAGACCACCCAGACGCUGGUCAACCGGAUGGUAUCAGCCAAAAUGCCCGCCGGGUUGGGGUCGGCCGAAUGGGGCUUGCCGGCGGGACGCCAGGACGCGGUGCUGCUCCGCGCCGCUGUCCAGCAGCCCGCCGCCCGGCUUCCCGAUACCGGCGCUGCUCAUGCUUUCCUUGACGAUAUUGUCCAGCUGUAUGCCCGAGAUGCCAAUGUCGAUCUCUCUGCAAGCAGCUCACCCGAUGGCGCUGGUGCAUCAUCAGGUCCGGUCGUCGUCGAUCAGACGGCAGUCAAGGCACUGGCCAAGACACAAGAUGACCGCGCCCAGGCGAUGCUGGAGUUGUACGCCAAGUUGCUGGGGGUGGACCUGCAGGCAGGACACAAAGCCAGCACCAAGGCAGCAGAGGUCAUCGCAGAGCUUCAAGAUGAGCUGCAGCUGUGGAUUUCGGAGCACGGUGAGGUUUACGGCUCGGGCAUCAAACCCAUGCUGGCCGUGGCCAAGGCCCGCAGAUACGAUUCCUUUUGGAACUGGGCUCUCCAGGAUGCAGUCGAUCUCUUCCACCGCAUCUUAGCCGGCAACAUUGCGCUGACUGGCCACGAGAUUGAAACCAUCAUGGGCCGCAUUGCCCGGAAAUCCAACCCCAAGCUCGUGCAGAUGCUCGCCUACCUGGAGACCCAGUGCCUCAAGCUGCGAAACCCGCGAGCGAUCCAUGCUCGCGAUGUCCUUCACCAGCUGCGGGUGGCAUGUGACCCACAAUUACCAGGCAUCCAACCUCUUGCUGCACACCGAUUGAUGAUCGACGCCCCAAAGACCACCAUCGAUCAACAAGGGCGCAUUCAAUAUACCGAGGUCCCUCGCACAGGUAUCGAAUCAGCCCCGCCAGCCACUCUCAAAACCCUGGGAAGGCAGGGAUGGGAAUCCCGGGCGGACUUGACCGCAGCCUUCAUGGCCACUUUGCGUCAAACGGACCAGCAGUGCCUCUCCUUCGAGGACGCAGAGGUGCUUGUCAUCGGUGCGGGACGGGAUUCCAUCGGUACUGAGAUCGUCCGAGGCCUUCUGAGAGGAGGUGCACGGGUUCUAGUGACCACUAGUAGCUACUCGUUGGCGACAACACGACUGUACCAGAAGAUCUACGCCGAAGAGGGCGCUCGCGGGUCCCAGCUCGUCCUCAUGCCCUUUAACCAGGCUAGCCAGCAAGACCUCGAGGCCUUGGUUUCUUACAUCUAUGACUCCGACAAAGGUCUCGGAUGGGAUCUGAGCCAUGUCGUACCUUUCGCAGCCAUCCCAGAAGGUGGCCGUCAGAUCGAGGACAUUGAUUCCAAGUCAGAGUUGGCCCACCGUAUCAUGCUGACCAACACGCUGAGACUGUUGGGAGCCAUCAAGAAGCAGAAGCAGGCGCGGGGAUUCGACAGCCAUCCGGCCCAGGUCAUCCUGCCCUUGUCGCCAAACCAUGGCAUCUUCGGUGGAGACGGCCUGUAUCCCGAGUCCAAGCUUGCGCUCGAGACGCUGUUCAAUCGCUGGAGCUCCGAGUCAUGGGGUGCUUACUUGUCGAUCUGCGGUGCGAUUAUUGGAUGGACGCGUGGCACCGGAUUGAUGAGCGCCAACAAUGGCGUUGCCGAGGACAUCGAAAAGAUGGGAGUACGAACUUUCUCCCAGGUCGAAAUGGCAUACUACAUCUUAGUUCUCAUGUCAUCGCCCAUCGCGACUGAGUGCGAGGUGACCCCAGUCCAAGCAGACCUGAGCGGUGGUAUGGGUCACUUCCCGAACUUCAAAGAAACUGUUGAUUCCAUCCGGCGCAAACAGAAGGAGACCAGCGAGAUUCGCGAGGCCCUGGCAAAGGAAGAGGCCUUUGAGCGCGCCGCCCUUGGGAAGCCAUCGGAAGAGCAAGCCCAGGUGCGAGAGCAAAAGGCCAAGCUGGAGCUCGAGUUUCCUCGUCUGCCCGACUACCAGACCGAAGUCCUGCCCCUGGCUGGUCAGUUGCGUGGCAUGGUCGAUCUCGACCGCGUAGUCGUUGUGACUGGUUUCUCUGAAGUCGGCCCCUAUGGUAACGCCCGGACACGCUGGGAGAUGGAAGCAUACGGAGAGUUCUCACUCGAGGGCUGCAUUGAGAUGGCCUGGAUUAUGGGCUUGAUCAAACAUCACAACGGGCCCCUGAAUGGCAACCCUCAUUACCAUGGUUGGAUUGUGGCAGCGACCAAGGAGCCCAUUCGUGAUGUCGACGUGAAAAAGCGAUUUGAAGAGCACAUCCUGGAACACACUGGUAUUCGUCUGAUCGAGCCAGAAAUCAACGACGGCUACGAUCCAUACAAGAAAAAGUUCCUGCAAGAGGUGGUGCUCGAUGAGGAUAUGCCUCCGCUGAAGACGUCAAAGGAGACCGCGGAGCAACUGCGCCUAGAGCACGGCGAUAAGGUCGAGGUCAUAUCGGAAGGCGAAGAAUGCACCGUCCGCUUGCUCAAGGGAGCCUGCCUGAUGAUCCCCAAGGCACUCCGAUUCGACCGAGCCGUGGCCGGCCAGAUCCCGACCGGCUGGGAUGCCCGUACUUAUGGCCUCACCGAGGAUCUCGCUAAUCAAGUCGACCCAGCCACGCUAUACGCCCUCAUCGGAACGGUGGAGGCACUCCUCAGCGCAGGAAUCAGUGACCCCUUUGAAAUCUACCAGUACCUGCAUAUCUCCGAGAUCGGCAACUGCAUUGGCUCUGGACUUGGCGGUGUCAAGGCGCUCCGAAAGCUGCAUAAAGAUCGUUUUGUCGAGAAACAGGUUCAGAAUGACAUCCUGCAAGAGUCAUUCAUCAACACGACCGCAGCCUGGAUCAAUAUGCUCUUGUUGUCCUCCACCGGCCCCAUCCGCACCCCCGUUGGCGCUUGUGCCACCUCGAUUGAGUCGUUGGAAUCGGGCUUCGAGACCAUUGUCUCCGGAAAGGCCAAGAUGUGCCUGGUCGGUGGCUUCGACGACUUCUCCGAGGACGUGUCUUAUGAGUUCGCAAAGAUGAAGGCCACGGUUAGCAGUGAGGCCGAGUUCGAGAAGGGUCGCGAUCCCAGCGAGAUGUCCCGACCGGCUGCUUCUACUCGUGCGGGAUUUGUCGAGUCGCAAGGCAGCGGUAUCCAAGUGAUCACGUCCGCCCAGUUGGCAUUGGACAUGGGCCUGCCCAUCCAAGGAAUUAUCGCGUGGGUUGGGACCGCCAGCGAUAAGAUCGGACGGUCUGUUCCCGCUCCCGGCAAGGGCCUCCUGACGAACGCGCGAGAAGCACGACACCGAUUGCCUUCUCCCAUGCUGGAUAUCUCUUAUCGACGCCGGAGACUGAACAUGUCCCUCCAACACAUCAAGGAGCGGGUCGACAUGGAAACUGACGUUGCUGAGGCAGAACUCGCAGAUCUCAAGCGCAGCUCUGGUCCUUAUGUGGAAGAGCGGAUCGAGGAAAUCAACGAACGCCUCCGCUACGUACGUCGGGAAGCCCAGGUCCAGGAGAAAGACGUGUUGAACACGUAUGGCAACCACUUCUGGAAGAACGACCCGGAGAUCUCUCCGCUUCGCGGUGCCCUGGCAACAUGGAACUUGACCAUCAACGACCUGGAUGUGGUUUCAUUCCACGGAACGUCAACGGUGCUCAACGAGAAGAAUGAGACCAACAUGAUCAGCCAGCAACUGCGUCACCUUGGUCGGACCAAGGGCAACCCAGCUCUGGGCAUCUUCCAGAAGUAUCUCACUGGGCACUCCAAGGGUGCAGCGGGUGCGUGGAUGCUCAACGGGGGUCUUCAAGUGCUCAACACCGGCUUAGUCCCGGGCAACCGCAACGCGGACAACAUCGACACCGCCCUGGAAAACGACUAUCUCGUGUACCCCAGUCGCAGCAUCCAAACCACGGGACUGAAGGCGUUUUCCGUGACCUCGUUCGGGUUUGGCCAGAAAGGAGCGCAGGCGCUAGGCGUGCAUGCGCGAUACCUCUUUGCGACGCUGGACCAGGCGACCUACGACGCGUACCGAACUCGGGUCGAGGCACGACAGCGGCGGGCGCAGCAGCACUUCCGGUUUGGCGUUGCACAUAAUGCCGUGUUCACGGCCAAGGAGAAUCCGCCGUACCGCAAUGAGCAGGAGUUCCGCAUCCUGCUGGAUCCUGAGGCGCGACUGACGGAGAAUGGACGGGGAGAGCUGCAGUAUGCAGAGUAAUGGUGGUAAUUGUGAUUAUGGAUCGAGCCCUUGUUUGUAAAUACUGAUGAGCUGUUUUGUUCUCCUUUUGUGAUGUGCCGGAGUUUUGCGUGAUGCGAGGAUCUAUACCAUUGUCAUAUUGUCAUUGUGCGUUGCUGUUUGCGCUGUUUGCGCUGUUUGUCUGAUGUGUCUGAUGUGUCCGAUGACGUCAUCUGACCGGUUUCCCCGAUUCUUCCUUGCUAUUGCCAAC